UUCGGACCCGAUCUUGCCGUCUCUCAGCUCGCCGGCUGCAGCGUGGGUAUCAUGUCAUUCGACCCCACCAUCAUGCCACCUGCGAACGGCUCCGCCAACGGGACUGCCAGCGGGGCCGAAGGCGGGAAGCCCCCCACGAUCCCCACUGUCAUGUUCAUCUUCGGUGUGGUGGGCAACCUCAUAGCCAUCGUGGUGCUCUGCAAGUCCAGGAAGGAGCAGAAGGAGACCACUUUCUACACGUUGGUCUGUGGACUGGCAGUCACAGAUCUUUUGGGGACCUGCCUGGUGAGUCCAGUGACAAUUGCCACUUACCUGCAGAAUCAAUGGCCAGGAGGAGCUGCACUGUGUGAGUACAGCUCCUUCAUCCUCCUCUUCUUUGGGCUCUCUGGCCUCAGCAUUAUCUGUGCCAUGUCUAUAGAGAGGUACCUGGCCAUCAACCAUGCCUAUUUCUACAACCAUUACGUAGACAAGAAGCUGGCAGGGCUCACGCUCUUUGCCAUCUACGCUUCCAACGUGCUGUUCUGCGCCCUCCCCAGCAUGGGGCUCGGCAAAUCUACCUUGCAGUACCCUUACACUUGGUGUUUCAUAGACUGGCGAACAAACGUGUCCACCCAUGCAGCAUAUUCCUACAUGUAUGCGGGCUUCAGCUCCUUCCUGAUCCUGGCGACUGUGAUCUGCAACAUCCUGGUGUGCGUGGCCCUUAUUCGCAUGCACCGCCAGUUCAUGCGGCGCACGUCCUUGGGGACAGACACCACCUCCAGCCGUUUAUCUGACUUUCGCAGACGCCGGAGCUUCCGUCGGAUGGCUGGAGCAGAAAUCCAGAUGGUUAUUCUGCUCAUUGCCACUUCCCUGGUCGUGGUCAUCUGCUCCAUUCCUCUGGUGGUGCGUGUCUUCGUGAACCAGCUGUACCGGCCAGAAUCGGUGGAAGAUGUCAGGCAAAACCCUGACCUGCAAGCCAUCCGUAUUGCCUCAGUGAACCCCAUUUUGGACCCGUGGAUCUACAUCCUCCUCCGCAAGACUGUGCUCAGCAAAGCCAUCGAGAAAAUCAAAUGCCUCUUCUGCCGCAUUGGAGGGGCUCGGAGGCAGCACUCGGGGGGCAACUUCAACUGCGUGGAUGGGCGCAGGACCUCCUCUGCCAUGUCCAGUCAGUCGCCCUCCUUCAUCUCGCGCGAGCUGAGGGAGAUCAGCAGCACGUCCCAGACGCUGCUGUACCCUCCGGAGCUGAGCGAGAGCAGCGUCGGGGGCCGCGUGCUGCUCCCGGGCCCCAGCGCCGGCUCGGCGCAGUCCGACACCACGUCCGUAAGGACACUGCGGAGCUCCGACACCUCGGACUCCUCACAGGGACACGACUCCGAGAGUGUCUUCCUGGUGAGCGAAAUCAGCUCUGGUGGCGGGGCCAGCUCUGCAUCCAAGAGUGGCCCUCUCCAGGUCACCUUCCCCACAGAGACAUUGAAUUUGUCAGAAAAGUGCAUAUAGAGAGCCAUGAAAGGCAUCAACCCUGGGGAUACUUCCUGGUACAUUGGAAAAACUGGUGCAAUAGAUAGGUGUUCUGCCUAUUCGUGGGAAGAGGGGUUCAGCUGUGCUUCAAAGGGCUGUUUUUCUCUGGCUGCGUGAUGGGUACAUUUCCUUUAGACUACUGAGGACUAAAGAGUGGAACAGACGUUGCACUUGGGCCCUGCCAUCAGAA